UGCAAAUAAGUAAACUGUUUCUACAUUCCUGAGUGAGUGGAAAAACCAAGUUACACUUUGAAUAAUUCCUGUAUGUUGACCAUAGAAGAACCCAUGAACAAUACAUUUCUCUUUAAGCAAUAAGCCCAAAGCUGGUGCACACAGACACUUUACUCCAUGCUCCACACAAAUGAUCUCUGCUUUCCUCUCAGAUUACACAUCACGUCACAUUCAAAUGUCUGUAGCUCGACAGGAUUUGUCUGCCGCACACCACAUCCUGGUUGGGUUUUUUAGACUGCUGUUGCCGGGAAACUGACAGUGUCCAAAUGUCUGAUGUGUUACACUGUUGAAAUACACAUGUAUUCGCCAUAAAACGGUGUGACAAAAAAAUGUUUACACACAGGUUUUCAGAAAGCAAGUUAGUGAUGAGGACAAGAAGGGAGGAUUAAUGGUAGUUAUUUUUUGUGACCUGUCAAGUGAUUUUUUUUUUUUAUCAGACCAAUUUUUUUACCUCAGACAAAGUGCACGGCAUGAGCUGCAGGAUGCUGGACAGAUAAGUGUGAAAACCAGAGACACUCGUGUGAUACUUUCACACACUCUGUUGCCACAGCAAUCUGCUGCACCUGCAGCUUUCUACGUUCACUUGAGUGCUGGCCUCAGAGGCGACAUGGAGCAGGAGGGGGAGCUGGUUCGGUCCAUUUACUUUGGGAGAAUUGGGAGUGAGGCCACAGAGAGGCUGCUGGAGAGGUUUGGACGUGAUGGCAGCUUUCUGCUGAGAGACAGCGACACCAUGCAGGGGGCCUACUGUCUGUGUGUGAGGAAAGCACCGUUUGUGCACACCUUCAGGCUCGUACACUCCGUCGACGGCUGGUGUCCUCAGAGUCCAGGCAUCAGACAGCAGAGCUUUGGGACACUGGAAACACUGAUAGAGAACUACAGAGGAGGUUCAGCCUCUGGUGUCACAACAAUCCCCCUGACACACCCACUGGACAGAACACAGCUACAGUACAUCAGUACUGGACAAGUUCCAGCUGUUUCCUCUACAGAGUUUGUCUACAUGGAAAUGAGCAGCGGCAGUGGCAGGAACAUUGGACCAAUGCUGUAAAUCAGUCGGACAAACUGAAGAUGAGAUAUGCCUGCAGAAUAUUUUCUGUGAUUCAUUUUUUUAUCUUUAUUUGCGUCCCUUCAGCAUCAGCUCAUUGUAAUUGUUCUCUGUUUCUUUGUUCACUUCAGUGAUUCUGUUCAUUGUUGCUGUAAUACUUUAUUCUCAUUGAUAAUAUACGUGUUUGUUGCUCUGUGGCUGAACCUGGUUACAGUUUGUUAGGCUCAUACAAGUCCAGUUUAUUACACUUUUGAACCAUGGAGGUUAUCCUAUCUAUACCUUGGUCUGUUAGUAGACCCUUUUAUCUUUCUAAUUAUAUAUAGAGGAAGUCCCUGCCAAAAAAAAAUCAAACUUUCGAACCACUUUUUAGACACACGUCUCUCUUAGUUAGACAGAGCAAAUAACUUUUUGAUAUUAAUAUCAAGAAGUUUCUUCAGAUCCUGUAGAAGGGUGUAGGUUGUCCUUGAGGUGGGUGAGAAGAACUUCAAAAGUCCUUAGAUGAAAGCAGUCAACGUAGUGUGUAGCUAUGUUAAGCUAAGCUAACUGUAGUUUAAUGGAAAGGGGUUGUAACAGUGGUGUUCUCAUCAUCGUCUCGUCUAACGCACUGCCAGAAAGCAAAUGUCAAAAUUACAGUUUUGUAAUUAUGUUUUAUUGUCAAAUGUGUAAGUGUCAACGUUUGCUUUGCUGAUAUCAUCCUGUAAACAAUGAACUGCUAUAAUAGGGACUGCAGACUGGAACAUUCUGUGCAUAUAAUGGUUGAAUAAAUUAAUAAAUGAAUGACUGGAUUUUAAAAAGA